CUCUCUUCUGCUACAUAAGCAGAUGCUAAGGCGAUAAGCUGCACCUUCUGGAGGCUCUGGGCAAUUCAGACCCGGCAGAGCGCUCGACCUGGCCGGCUCUCUCCUCCCCAGCGGCCCCGUGAUGGAUGCGUGUCUGAGCUCCGAACAGCAGCCCCGGCCCCUGGACGAGGCUCCGAGCCCCCCGGAUGACGAGGCUCUGCACACAGAUGGCACCAGCAGACCCCCGGGAGAUUUUAACGAGAUAGAAGCAUCGCUUCGAAGCCUCCAGAAAUUUGUUCCUACGAAUUAUGCCAGCUACACCCAGGAGUAUUAUCAGUUUGUGGGCAAGAAGAUUGUCAUUCAAGAAUCCAUCGAGAGUUACGGAGCAGUGGUGUGGCCGGGGGCCAUGGUGUUGUGCCAGUAUUUGGAGGAACACACAGAGGAACUCAAUCUUCGAGGUGCUAAGAUACUGGAAAUCGGUGCUGGACCAGGCCUCGUUUCCAUUGUGGCCAGUAUUCUAGGGGCUCAAGUCACAGCGACAGAUCUGCCUGAUGUGCUGGGGAACCUACAAUAUAAUCUCCUAAAGAACACACUCAACUGUACCACGUAUCUGCCGGAAGUGAAGGAGCUGGUGUGGGGGGAGGGCCUGGAGCAGAGCUUCCCCAAGUCCAUGCUUUCCUAUGAUUAUGUGCUGGCCUCCGACGUGGUCUACCACCAUUACUUUCUGGACAAGCUGCUUGCCACCAUGGCAUACCUCUGCCAGCCAGGAACGGUGCUGCUCUGGGCCAACAAGUUCAGAUUCAGCACUGACUAUGAAUUUUUAGAUAAAUUCAAGCAAGUUUUUGACACGACACUCUUGGCUGAAUCUCAAGAGUCAUCGAUCAAACUCUUUAAAGGAAUACGAAAAUGGGACUGAACGAAACAAAAUGCCUUUCAAAACAUUAGUGGGUCUGCUGAACAGUGUUAGAAAUUUUAUAAGAUGGCGAAGGUAGUGCGUAGAAUCCAUGUACCUACCUAGAAUAAACCUGAUUAUUAUGGCAACUCUCUAAAAUAACCUAUUUAGGAUUAUCUAGUUAAUCUAAAUAUACACAGGAAUAGCAUGAAAACAUGAAAGUAGCUUUGUUGGCUUCCUAGAGUUCUCAGUUAAGUGUUUAAUAAAUUUUACACAAACACAUUAA